GUCUCCUGCUGAGGUACAUUUGAAGCAAGGCAGUGAACAAGACGAUCACUCUCAGCUGAACUGUUAGCAGGCUGGGGUUCUGUUUUUGCAGAGGGAGCAUUCUUGCGCAUUUCAAUCCACUGACUUCACUUUCCAGCAAAAAACAGGCACUGUUUUUUUUUCUGCCCUCAAUCCUCAGUGAUACCUUUCGUCAUCCGAAAGAGUAACCCUUUUUUUUCUUGGGACUCUCCACUUCUGGAGGGUUGCAUUUUGUUCAGCAAACCUGCCCCUUCGUGAUGAAGCUGCAUUUGUGCCUGUGGAAGGCCGUUGCCAUGGCGCUGAUGGUCAUGUCCCUAACAUCCCUGACCCAAUCCUCGGAAUAUGAGUACCUGGGCUGGAAGUCGGACUUGUUCAACAAUGGGCGCAUCUACGACAAGCCGCCGCAAUGUGUGGAGAUCCCGGAUGACCUGCGACUGUGCCACAAUGUUGGGUACAGGCAGAUGCUGCUGCCCAACCUGCUGGAACACGAGACCAUGAUUGAGGUCAAGCAGCAGGCAGGUAGCUGGGUACCCUUGGUGCACAAGAACUGCCACCCGAGUACCCAGGUGUUCCUGUGCUCCCUGUUUGCGCCCGUCUGCAUGGAUCGGCCCAUCUACCCGUGCCGAUUUCUCUGCGAAGAGGUGCGAGAUGCCUGCACACCCAUCAUGGAGGCCUUCGGCUUCCCUUGGCCUGAGAUGCUAACCUGCGACAAGUUCCCUCAGGGCGAAGUGUGCAUCAGUGCGCCAAACAACACCAAUCCCUCUGUAGCCACUGGUUUGCCUAAGGUUUGCCCUCCCUGUGACCAGGCAGUGGAUGUGGAUGAUAUUCUGGAACACAUAUGCGCUAGCGACUUCGUCAUCAAGACCAAGAUCAAGGAGGUGAAACGGGAGAACCUGGACCGCAAGGUGAUCCUCCAGAAGAAGAAGAAGAUCCUGAAGAUGGGCACACUGAAGAAGAAAGAUAUGAAGAAGCUCAUACUCUACCUGAAGAACGGCGCCGACUGCCCAUGCUCGCAGCUGGACAACCUGAGCAACCACUACCUCAUCAUGGGCCGCAAGGUGGAAAAGCAACAUAUCAUCACUGGCAUCUACAAGUGGGACAAAUCCAGCAAGGAGUUCAAAAAGACCAUGAAGAAGUUGCGAAGCCAUAAGUGUCCUGUCUUUGUGAACGUCUUCAAAUAAUCCCUCGACGUUCCACCCUACUUUAAUGAACUUGCACAUCCCCGGCAACCCCAAAUAAUGUCCCUCCCCAACUUUGUUUUAUAUACAGUAUAUAUUAUAUAUUUCUAUGUGUAUUUUUCAGAUCAACACUUGGGUCUGUGCUGUUUAAGAUAGAGGACUCUUAACUGGACUCUUAACAGCUGAUCCACUAUCCAAAUGAUCACUAAUGUAUAUAUCCAUAUCUCUUUGGAAUGGGUUGUAAAAUGACCAGGAUGCUUAUCAAAUGUUUCUGUUAAAUCCCCUUCUUCCUUUGAAAGCUAUCAUAAUAGUUAUAAACCCGCUUCUAGGUUUUUUGGAUGGUUUUGGAAACGUACCUGUAUUUUACACUGUGAAAUCUGCACUCAAGAUUUUCUUUGAGCCUUGAAUGUUCUCUUCUUUGAAUCUCUUCUGUUGUCAGAAUGACUUUUUGUAUUACUUUUUUUCACAUUAUUGUGCACUCUGUGACAACUCACUCUAGACCACUGGUUCUCAACUUGUUCCCCAGGGAACCCUGGACAGUACAGAUUUUAGCUUCAAUCUAACUUGAAACAUAAUGAGAUGAAAAAUGUGGACUGUCUGGGAGUCCCUGAGGAUGGGCUUGAGAACCAUUGCUUUAGACAACACAAUAACCUAUAUUCAGUAAUCAGUUAAUCAACUUUUGCAUUCAAUACGCUGGUGAUUCUAGUAGAAUCAGUAGAGCUCUGGUUUAAGAUGCUAGGGGUGUAAUGAUUCGCAAAAUUCAGGAAUUGAUUCAAUAUGAUUGAGUGGUGUCUCGGUUUAACACAUUAUUUGACAUAGAAAUAAGAAGUGGCUGAAAAUGUGCCUUAUGUUAAGAUGUUAAUAUUUCCAUUUUCAGUGUAUCAUUGCAAUCAAUAAUACUUAAGUACACCAUGUGAAACAAAAAAUUAGCCCCAAGCUAGUAUACUAACCACUAGGUAACGUGCUAUGUACUCCACCAUACAACAUGAUACAAUAAAAUAUGUAUUAUUCUUA